AUGGUCUGCCUUACCGAAGCUGUGACCCCUCAAGAACCAGCCACUAAACUGCGAGAAACUAUUUCGUACACAGUAAAGACCGUGACUGAUACAGAUGUCUAUGAUCUUUAUGGAGUCAGUAGAAGUGUAAGCCCAACAGUUUCAGGUACCCCUUCCUCGCCGCGGCUGCUGGCGUCUCCUCGGCCUCCUCCCUCUCCGCCCCGCCGCCCUGACUCCGGCUCCUUCCCUCAGGGCCCGCCCGGCUUCCAGAUCAAUCUCAACCCGCUCAAGGUGCCUCUUGGCUUCAUCAAGGUCCUCGAAUGGAUUGCUUCUAUCUUUGCUUUUGCCACCUGUGGAGGUUUUAAGGGCCCAACAGAAAUCCAAGUGAGUUGUCCUCUGACAAUUACUGAGAAUAAAACUAUUACAGCUGGUUUUGGUUAUCCACUCAGGUGUAACGAGGCAUCAUUUCAGCCACCUCCAGGUGUAAACGUAUGUGAUAUCAACUGGAAAAGCCUUGUCCUCAUAGGCGUUUACCCUCCUUCUGCACACUGCUAUGCUACCUUUGCUGUCUUUGUGUUCCUGUACUGCAUUGCUGCCCUCCUGCUUUAUGUUGGCUACAGGAGCCUAUAUCCGGAUAGUCGCACACUUCCUGUAAUUGACUUUGUCGUUAGGCUUAUUGACACUUUUUUAUUGGUGAGCACUUCAGCCCAGGCUGAAGCUCCAACAGAUAUUAAAAUAGCUGCUGGUCACAAUAUUGUUAAGGAACUUUCACUUUGUAAGAAGAAAGAAGGGCUGUGUUACUUUGGCUCUGUGAUCAGUAUGGGAUCCCUAAAUGUAUCUGUGAUCUUUGGCUUUCCAAAUAUAUUUUGGGUAGGAAAUGCUUGGUUUGUGUACAAGGAGACCAGCGUACACAGUCCAUCAAAUACGUCUGACUGUCAUAGCAAAGGACGUAUUUCACCUCCUGCUGAAAUAUAA